AUGAUGCUUUUUGGGAACAUGGAAGAGUUGAAGGUUGCCUUAGCUUCAAGCCACUUUUCCGCCCCAGGCAACCCAAAACGUUCGGUCUAUCACGCCAUGUUUUCAACGUCACUCGGCAAGAAGCAAUGGACGUCAAGAUGGGAUGGCUUUCCUACGGAGAUCCGGCUUCAAAUCUUACAGUACUUGAUGCAGGACGGUUGCACACUAUAUCGCUUGGCCACGGUGUCUCGAGAGUGGCAAACACAGAUCGAGCGACAUAGCUUUGCUCGAAUCAGACCGACACCGUCACGCCGUGUCAAUUUCGGCACGAUGAUCCAAAGAAACCGGGCUCUCGUCCGCUACAUCUGGUUCUGCUUGGAACUUGAUGAGUACGAUUACACCACUUGCGUACGUCCCCGUCGGACGUUCUUAGGUGUUGCGUGGGAAGAGGAAUUUGAGAUCAGCGAUACAGAUAAAUGUCCCAUCACCACGGCAUUCCGGAAUCUGUUCGCAGUCCUCAGCACAUGGGAUCUUCACAACGAUCUGAUGCUCGAUAUUAGCAUCUAUUCACCUAGCGACUCAGAACAUUGUUUUCCAUAG